AUGCCGUCGCACAAAAAAGCGCACCUCCAGAAAUUAAAACAUAUCCAGAAGAAGAACGCAGCCGAACAGCAGCAGUACUCACGGCCCACCGGUCCAUACAAACCACUGCUCAUCCUUACGCCCUCGUCUCUUUGCAGCGGUACCACGUAUCAGUGCAAAACACGCUACAAAGUAAUGAAUGCGCAUGAUUAUUCCCCGCAUGUUGUGCGCAUGCUCUCCAAGGUAUGCGUGACCGUAAGUUUUGAUAGCAACGUAAGUGCUGAUAUAAUGUGCUAUGAGGGAGCAAGGCAUGCAAGACGGGAGAAGGUGAGAGGAACAUGGUGCCACAUAGACGAGCUGUUUAAGUGCGCACGGUUUGUGAAAAGACGGUCUGAGGAGGUACCAGUGAUUGUUGUGGAUGAAGGAAAGGACGAUGUGUACGAGGGAUUGAUUGAUUACGAAAUGAUGAGCGAUGAGGUUGUGGUUAACGGGAUGAAGAGGUGCAAGGUGCUUGGUUUUGAGUAUGUGGAUGAAGUGGAAGGCUGUAAUGAGCAUUGCAUGGGUUGUAACAGCAUUGGUUACAGUGCAUCGGGUAUGAGCUGCGGGACUGGUGCUGAUAUGCCGACCUACAACAGUUUAAUUCAGCAGAUCGGGUCAAGCAGCUCAGCUGGACCAGCUGCUGAGGACACACCGACCCACAACAGUUUAAUUCAGCAGAUCGGGUCAAGCAGCACUCUUGCAACUGAGGAUAGGCAGGCAGAUAAUACGAUGCAUGCCGUCGCUAUGGAAGAGUGUUCGAACGAUAAUCCUCAGCCAUCCUUCGUUACGCCCCUUAUGCAUUCACUCAAACACUACAAAGGAAUAAAAGACCUGAAAACGUGCACAAUAAGCACCGGGUAUUCGUUCAAGGUGCCAAAGACUGGAAAAUUGAAGAGGUGUGAAAGACUCGUAAGAAUACGGUUGAGUGAACGUUUCGAUGGCGGUGUGUUCUUCAUUAGCAAUGUUGUUGUCAAAGAUGCGUUUUGCAUCCUCAAUGUACGGUUCGGUGAGCGAAUGGACGAAGGGCUGGUGGAUGAUAGAGAGAAUUGCGGUGGGGAUGGUAAAAAUAGAGCGAUUCCUAACAGAAACGAGGACAGAGAAGAUGGCUGUGUUAGCGGUAGCAUCGAUGGGGUGGAUACGCAAUCUGCUAGAUGCGCUGAUGUAGAUUAUACGGAGAGUGACAGCACAACAAGCCAUGCAAUUGCUCUUCAGGGGUAUUCACUUGAGUACGGAAUGUUCUUCCACAGUGUUACGCCGUACUUUACCGCAAACACCUCCUCAUCCGUGUUCAAACUGCAGGAUAAAUCGCUUAAAUCUGGUGUGGUGUCCUUCAAGGUGCCAUACACACCAACAAACACCCCGCUCAGGCUUUUCCACAACCAGAACCUUGUUCUUUCCUCGAACACGUACGAUCACAAAGAGCGCGUUAUACUGGAAGAGCGUGUGAUAACCGGCAAGCCUUACAAAGUGUACGGCACGUGGUGCAAAAUCAAGAACAUGUUUGGCUGCCGGGACGAUGUGCUCUUCUUUAGAUGCGUGAAGUUGGUUGGACGGGGCGGUAACGUGGGAUGGAUAAGGAGCAGUGUGGGGGUGAAAGGCGUGUUCAAGGCCGAGUUUGAAAGGCCUGUGAAACAAAGCGAGGUGAUCAAAAUGUGCGUUUAUAGAUUGGUUGAGAUUGUGUGAGGUAUCGUGCUGUUUUGGUCGUGGUGUGAAUGGGAAGUGGGGUGUCUUACUUUGAUAAAGGUUUAAUUUUGAAAUG